AUGGAGCCCGCGUGUUCGCUUACGGUGCCUUCGCUUUUCGGAUCGUCGGGUCUGGUGCGGGAGAAGCAGCUCUUUGAAAAGUUUUGGAAAGGGACGUUCAAGGCUGUGGCCACCCCGCGACUGGAGAGCGUGAUCGUAGCCAGCAUCACUGCGCGCACCAGGGUCGCCGACUCGAAGACUGCAGCAUGUCCGUCGUUGAAGAUUGAAGAGAGAAAAACUGUCAAGUUGGACGUGACGAAAACCAGGAAUGGACAUGUGAAGAGAAGAGGACACAAACGCCAUCGCCGGAACAGGAGUCCUUCCUUUGAUGAAGACCUCUCUCCUCUGCCCAAGGCGAAGAAGAAGAAAAGGAAGUCUCAGCGCAAGAGGAAGAGGAAAAGGUCUCCUUCUUACAGCCUGUCCCCAGUGCGGAAGAAGAAAAAGAAGAAGAAGAAGAGCUCCAAGAAAAGCAAGCGCCACAGGUACACAUCCAAAAAGUCCAAACACAGCUCCUCCAGUCUCAAACAUAAGAGGAAGAACGAGCAGCGACGCAAGAAAAGCUCCAGGAGCCAUGGUCGGAGGAGACAUCGCUAUCACAGGUCUCCAUCAGAGGCAUCCUCCUGUCAGUCGUCCCCAGAGGACAGACACCAUCUGCAGAAGUCCGUGGUGCAGCAGGUGUUUGGGGAUCUGGACAAAACUCAGCUCAAGUGGAGAUCUCCUCCCAGCUCAGAGAGUGCUCCAAAGUACCACUCCAUCCUCUCGGCUCACAGCAUGUUAUCUUCAAAAUCCGGGAGUCAGGUCUUGGAGGCAAAAGACACUGAGUUGAUUUUGAAGCCGAGGCAUGAUUACGACUCGGGGAAUGACACUUCAUCGCCGCCAUCUUGUAAAACGGCCGUGUGCGAGCGGAAGAGGAGCCACAGUGCGCAGCGCCUGGCCUCUCCGGACAAGCACAAGUUUACCGACAGGGACAACGGCUCAGAUUCAGGGAAUUCUGUCACGAGCUACGACUCCCUGUGCAAAACAUACAGAGAAGACAGCCUGUCUACCAGCGUCUUCAGCCCCAACAGCAAGAGAGCAGAUGACUGUGGGCUGUGGUCAAGAGGAGGAGUCAGUGAAGUCCUGUUGUUCUCACAGAAGCAGGAGGAAGCCCAGGACACACAGGAGCCGCUCUCCCAGCAGCAGCAGCAGCAGAUCCUCCAUGAGCUCCAGACACUACUCACGGAGCGUCUCUCUCUCAUCGUGCAGCUCAUAUUCCCGUUCACCAAGCUCCUCCUCGAGUUUGUGGCACAGAGGCAGCUCCCGGGGAAGUUCCUGCAGACACAAUUACGAGAAAGAAGGAGAACAUCUAGCUCCAGAGAGUCCAAAGUGACACAUUCAAAUAAGAAGAGAAGGAGACGCAAAUCCUACUCCCCCAUGAGGAAGAGAAGAAGAGACUCGCCAAGCCACCUGGAAGCACGCCGCAUUACCAGUGCCAGGAAACGCCCGGUCCCAUACUUCAGACGGAGCCCUUCAUCCAGCACCAGCGUGUCAUCCUGGAGCAGCCUGUUCACACGCAGUCGCUCCCGCAGCGCCCCCUACAGGCCCAGUCGCAGCCGCAGUCGCUCCUACUCCUCCUACAGGAGCUACAGCCGCUCCUCCUCCUGGAACUCCAUAUUCGGCAUACGCAGUCGGAGCCGGAGCAGUGGACACGUGCACAAAUGCCACAGGAAAAGAAAAAGGCGUUAG